GCCGGGCUCUGCUGCGUGCAUCUAGCCAGUGCCCACCGCAUACGCAACCGCCAAUUUUAUUUUAUUUGUUAUGCGUUGUCUUCUACCUGACAUUCAUCUUCAACUAACUCUUUUUCUUCUCCUCCUCGUGAAUCUUCCACACUUUGUUAUUUCUUUAUUCCACUCAUCAUUUCCCAGCACAAUCCCACCAUUUUGUUCUUCAAUUAGGUUUACUUUCUAACAAAAUCAACAGUACCAAGCGAUCAUAUGUUUUUCAUAUUGACAUUUUAAUUUCUUGCUUGGGAACCGUUUCUAAAAAUGGCGGAUUCCAAGGAAAAUCUAAGCAUGAUAGAGGAGAAAUCAUCACCUGAUUUACUGAAGAAUACGCCCUCAAACAUUGCAAGAUUAGAGGAUGUAAUAGAGCAUAGUAAGGGGCGUCAGAAGUAUUUAGCACAGACUAGGAGUCCUUCUGAUGGCAGUGAUGUUAGAUGGUAUUUCUGUAAGGUUCCUUUGGCUCCCAAUGAGUUGGCUGCCUCGGUUCCUCGUUCUGAGAUAGCGGGAAUGAGUGACUAUUUUCGUUUUGGUAUGAGGGAUUCUCUUGCAAUUGAGGCGUCUUUCUUGGAGAGAGAGGAAGACUUGCUUUCUGGUUGGUGGAAAGAAUAUGCAGAAUGUAGUGAAGGUCCUAGAAUUCGAGUUCAAUCUGCUAAGAAACUGGAUAUGCAAAAAAAUGUAAAUUCUAUCGGGGCUGGUGGAGCAGCUCAACUAUAUGAAUUGGAAGAAGAGAGAGUUGGUGUGCCUGUAAAGGGGGGACUAUAUGAGGUGGAUCUAUUGAAGAGACAUUGUUUUCCUGUGUACUGGAAUGGAGAAAAUCGACGUGUUUUGAGGGGUCACUGGUUUGCUCGUAAAGGGGGCCAGAAUUGGCUGCCACUUCGUGAAAAUGUUGCGGAACAGUUAGAGAUUGCAUAUCGCAAUCAGGUUUGGCAUCGUAGGACAUUUCAACUGUCUGGACUUUUUGCUGCUCGUGUUGAUUUGCAAGGCUCUACUCCUGGACUUCAUGCACUUUUUACUGGAGAAGAUGAUACUUGGGAAGCUUGGCUAAAUGUUGAUGCUUCUGGGUUUUCUAGCUUCAUUCCUUUAAGUGGGAAUGGGAUUAAGUUAAGGCGUGGUUAUUCAGCAUUUCAGUCAGCAAAACCGACUCAGGAUGAGCUUCGGCAACAAAAGGAAGAAGAGAUGGACGAUUAUUGUUCACAGGUUCCUGUUCGACAUGUUGUUUUUAUGGUUCAUGGUAUUGGUCAAAGGUUGGAAAAGUCUAAUUUGGUUGAUGACGUUGGCAAUUUUCGCCAUAUCACAGCAAGCCUUGCUGAGCAACACCUUACCGCACACCAGCGCGGUGCUCAACGAGUCCUUUUUAUCCCAUGCCAGUGGAGAAAAGGCUUGAAGCUCAGCGGUGAAGCUGCAGUUGAUAAGAUUACUUUAGAUGGUGUCCGUGGUUUGCGGGUCAUGUUAAGUGCGACAGUACAUGAUGUAUUGUACUACAUGACCCCCGUGUAUUGUCAAGAUAUAGUAAAUUCAGUAUCAAACCAAUUAAAUCGGUUAUAUUUAAAGUUCUUAAAGCGGAAUCCUGGCUAUAACGGGAAGGUUUCUAUAUAUGGUCAUUCUUUGGGAAGUGUCCUUUCAUAUGAUAUCCUUUGCCAUCAAGAGAAUCUUUCCUCUCCAUUUCCAAUGGAAUUGAUAUACAAGGAGCAAGCUAAGAGUGACGAAUCAUCUCUAAAUACAGAUAACCAAUUUUCUGUGUCUGAUGCUUCUAGCAGUUUGGAAGUUAACGGCGUACUUAAUGAAUCAACAGAAAAAGUGGAUACUGUUGACGAUGAAUCAAUGAGUGUUCAAUCUACUGCUGUAUGCUCUAAUGGGCAUGUUGAAGAUUUGUCCACAACGUCAAAUUCAUUUGUAUCGGAUUCAGAGCACUCGCCUGCUACUGCUCUGGAUUUUAAUUCAACUAGUACAAUGGAAGGUGAUGAUGAUUUGGGUAGCAAUUCCAGCCACAUGCUAUCUAAGGAAAUGGAUCACUUAGUUGAAGCCGAAGGAGUGAAAUUUGAUGACAAUAUCAAAGAUUCGGAGAAAAUCCUUGCAAAAGAUGAAGACUAUGAUGAUGGAAGCAAUAAGGAUAAAGCAUUGAAAUUUCUACAUGAAGAGAUUGAUUCUCUAAAAGCUAAAAUAGUAGAGUUGGAGUCAAAAUGUGCGGAUAAAGAAAAUAUUGAGGCAGUUGCAACCACCUCAAAGCACCCUAUAUCUGAAAAGCUGCCUGGGUUAGAUGACAAUGCUCCAUCGAGUCACACGCCUUAUAUUAAGUUCACGAAGCUUGAAUUUAAGGUCGACACAUUUUUCGCUGUUGGAUCACCUCUUGGAGUUUUCCUUGCACUUCGGAACAUUCGUAUUGGAGUUGGCAAAGGGCAAGAUUAUUGGCUGGAGGAAAAUAUUAGUGAAGAGAUGCCAGCUUGUCGGCAAAUGUUCAACAUUUUUCACCCAUUUGAUCCUGUCGCAUAUAGAGUAGAACCACUUGUCUGCAAGGAGUACAUCAACAAACGGCCUGUCAUCAUCCCUUACCACAAGGGCGGAAAGAGAUUGCACAUUGGGUUCCAGGAAUUCAGAGAAGAUUUGGCUGCUCGUUCUCAGGCCAUGAUGGAUCGCCUAAAUUUUGUUAAAAUUAAAGUUCUUACAGUUUGCCAAUCAAGAAGUAUGGAUAGUCUAGAAGAGGGAGCAGAAGACGCCGAAGAUAAAAAAGAGAGGACAUAUGGCUCUUUAAUGAUAGAAAGAUUAACUGGAAGUGAAGAAGGACGGAUUGAUCACAUGCUUCAAGAUAAGACAUUUGAACAUCCUUAUCUACAAGCUCUUGGAUCACACACAAAUUACUGGAGGGAUGUUGAUACUGCACUCUUUAUUUUGAAAGACUUGUACAAGGAUAUACCUGAAGAAGCUGAUUUGCCUGGGGGGUCUAGCGAACAAACUUCGAAAGAUGAGAGUUGUUCCAGAGGAUGGUCGGAUCAAAUGGAAAGCAGAGAGGAGGAACUUCCUCUGACAUUCUCUGACAGAAUGAUGAUUAGAAACUUCUCAAGGAAAGCUAAGAAGUUUAUGAAGACAUAGUCCUCUUCUUGUUGUAUGCUGGAUUUAGUUGCCACUACUCUGCUUUGAUAGUUGUCUAUUCGCAGCUUGAAAGCUGAAUUGAAGAUUUAGUUAUGCGAUGGCUGAAAUUUAGAAGAUUCACCGGGAGGGACCAUCAUGGCGUUUGUUUCAGCGGGCAGCUUCUCUUUCUUUCCGUACAGAAAAAGGAAAUAGGAAGUUAGGAAUCAUGAAAAAUGGAAUUACCUGUUAAUUUAGAUAGCUUGAUUGAGAUGUACAUAUGCUGCAAAAAGAUGGGAUAGUUGUACAUAAUCUGUGCCUUCUAGGUGUGUAUUACAGUCAGGUUAUAGCUAUGCUAGCAUCAAUUCUAACU